AUGAGUAAAGAGACAGUGGCUCCUGUCCAAGUAUCCAGUCGUCCUCUGAGUAAAGAGACAGCGGCUUCUGUCCAAGUAUACAGUCAUCCUGUGAGUAAAGAGACAGCGGCUUCUGUCCAAGUAUACAGUCAUCCUGUGAGUAAAGAGACAGCGGUUUCUGUCCAAGUAUACAGUCAACCUCUGAGUAAAGAGACAGUGGCUCCUAUCCAUGUGUCCAUUCGUCCUCUGAGUAAACAGACAGCGACUCCUGUCCAAGUAUCCAGUCGUCCUAUUAGUAAACAGACAGCGGCUCCUGACCAAGUAUCCAGUCGCCCUGCGAGUAAAGAGACAGCGGCUCCUGUCCAAGUAUCCAGUCGUCCUCUGAGUAAAGAGACAGCGACUCCUGUCGAUGUGUCCAGUCCUGUGAGUAAAGAGACAGCGGCUCCUGUCCAUGUGUCAAGUCGUACUCUGAGUAAAAAGACAGCGGCUCCUGUCCAUGUGUCCAGUCCUGUGAGUAAAGAGACAGCGGCUCCUGUCCAUGUGUCAAGUCGACCUGUGAGUAAAGAGACAGCAGAUCCUGCUCAAGUAUCCAGUCAUCCUGUGACUAAAGAGACGGCACCUCCUGUCCACGUAUCAGUGAUCCUGUGA